GUCCAGCACUAAGAGGAAGGGAUGGGGAUCGAAAAAUUACCAUGGCAUUUUCUUACUCACUGCUUUUGGCUUGGAGUGAUGGGAGUUGAUGCCUCAUCGUGGACUGCUGAGGUGCCCAAGUCCGUCUCCGGCCUACAGGGCUCAUGCAUCGUGAUUCCCUGCUCAUUCAACUACCCAGAACCAGAGAAGAAGUCCUCCAAAAUAACUGCCAUCUGGUUCAAAGACACACAUGAGGUUAUAUACCACCCAGACAGCACCAACAUCAUCAAAGACUACAGGGGUCGUACAGAGCUGGUGGGAGAUCUCCGGCAGAAGAACUGCUCUCUCAGAAUCGACCCCCUCCAUCACAGUGACAAAGGACCCUUUCAUUUCAGGAUUGAAAUGGAAGACCAUAACAAGUAUUCAUACAAAGAGGACACGGUCUCCAUUGCAGUGAGCAGCUCUCCAGACCCCCUCUCUCUGUCAGUGAGGGAGGAGGUGAAGGUGGGGGAAGUGGUUUCUGCCUUCUGCUCUGUGUCUCACUCCUGCCCAUCUGAUUCCCCUCUCCUCACCUGGAGCCACUCCGGAAGACACAGUGUCCAAUCACAGCAGCUGACCAAUGCCCAGUGGCAAGUGACGUCAUCCCUGACCUUUAGCCCCAGCAGCACUGAUCACAACCAGUCUCUGGUCUGCACAGCAGAACACAGGGGAGGGAAGACAGUGAAAAGGUCCAAAACUCUCAAUGUCAAAUAUGCCCCAGUGGAUGUGAAGGUUGAGGAAGUGUCCAGUGUGAAGGAAGGAGACUCUGUAGAGCUGAGAUGCUCCAGUGACAGUAACCCUGCAGCCCACAGCUACAGAUGGCAGAACAGCAGAGGACCUCUGCCCACCACGGGACCUACCAUCACACUGGAGAAUGUGACCAGACUCACUGAAGCCCUCUACUGCACUGCCAUCAACUCAGAGGGACAAGGCCACUCCAGCUCACUGAAGCUCAAUGUAGAGUACCCCCCUGAGAUCAAAGUGGGCUCCGCCUGCACUUCAGACAUCUCCAUGGUAACCUGUCUGUGCAUUGUGGAUUCGGAGCCCCCCGCCACCGUGGAGUGGUCUCUUCCAGAUGGACCCCUGCCCAACCGGCCCAGUACCAGAGUGGAGAGGCAUGGGUCAGUUACCAUGGUGACCCUACAGAGGGCACUAGGCUUCUCCGAGACCUUCCACUGCCAUGCCAGAAACACACAGGGCAAUGCCACCUUGUCCUUCACUGUGUCCACAAAUGAUAAGAAGUUGAUGCUGUACGUUUCAAUUGGUAUUGCAGCAUUAGUGGUGGUAGUAAUACUAAUUCCCAUGUCAGCUUGCCUAUUGAACAAGAAGGGUGGGAGGAGUCAUAGGGACUCGCCAGUAACCUGCAAGCAGGAAGUGGAUACAGCCAAGUGUGCUUCUUCAGAUCCCUCAACAUCAAGGAAAGAGCAGAAAGACGCCAGCAAUGAAAUCCACACAAACUACUACACCAACGAUCACCUAUAUGGCAACAUGGUGACUGAAAAGGAUGGUGACCCAUACGAGUGUGAGGGUGGAGAUGAUUCAGUCUAUGGUAACGUGUGAACACAACAGGAAGCAUGUGGAAGUCAGCUGACUCAGAGGCCAUGGUACUAAGUCUGUCAAAGGUUCCAGUAAAAUAUUAUAAUUUUAACCCAAUGUAGCAGAGAUGGUGACUGCUUACAUUUGUUAGCUUUAUGUAGCUUUAUGGUUCUAAUGGCGAAAGAAAAUGGUGCAGUCUUAUUUGGGUUCUGCCUUUAGUUGUAUGGCUUUUAGGAAGCGUUUGUUUUUAUCUAUGGCUUGGGUGAUUUAGAAUAAACCUGAUAUGAAUGGCUAUACAGUUAUAAUAGUUGAGAAGUGUAUAUGCAGUAUAUUAUAGUUUUUUGUUGCACCUUUCAACUGUAAUCCACUUAUGUGUAACUGACACUCAGGUCAGCACAGUGCUUCUGUUGUCCCUUUGAAUAUACAGACAGAUACAGUAAAGUGUCAUUUGUCAAAACAGGCCAUAUUGAGAUAUACUGUAUAUACUUGAGAUGGAGAAUACAACGAUUGUAAAGUAAAGUACCUUGAAAAUCAUCUCCAGAUCAGAUUGAAUAUGAACAUGUGUAAAUGUUCAACAACAACAGUGAUUAAAUAAAAAAUAUGUUUCUCAUUGCAUUUUAAA